CAUGUUAUAAGUCUAAUACGACAAUAUUUCAGAGUUUGAAAACAAUCAAAACAACGGUUAUUAUGAUGAAGAAUCCAAUGUCAACAUCUUCACAUAACAUUAACUUGGCUUAUUCAAAAAACCAAGCUACUUCAUUGAAAAUGAAGAUCUUAAUCUAAAGAACAAUCAUGAAUGCUCAACAGCAGAACAGACUGAGUCUUCUGAACACUCAGAUAAUUCUUUUGAACACAUUCCUUCUCCAAAAUUUCCUUCAAAAGAACUUCCUCCUCCAAUCAAUGCUGAUGAACAUUUGUUCAACUUAGAUAUGAAAUACUAUCCAAGUACUUCUCAAGAGAAUUUCAUAUUGAAUUUUAUCAACUAAGAUGACUUACAAAGAAUAAAAAUUGGUUUAGAUUAUAAGAUUUUGGAUGAUCCAUAAACUUUAAAAUUCGAAAAUUGGGUUUAAUAAAUGUGUAAUACUAAAGCUAAUCAAAAAGAAAUACAAAGGAAGCUAAAAGUAAAGAAAUAUUUGGAAAAGAAGCACAAUAGAACUUUUGGAAAAAAAGUGCAUUAUCAUAUUAGAUAGAAGGUAGCAGAAGAGAGACUAAGAAUAAAAGGGAGAUUUGUUACUUGGAAAUAGGUAUAAUUUAAAUACAUAAUUUAGGCUGUUAAAAUGUUAGAGAAAUCUGAUACUAAAAGAGAAUGGACUUAAAGUGAUUACUUCAAAAUCAAGAUCUUAUUAAAUGAAAAGUAUGGUCAAGUCGUAUGAG